CCAUCCAACCUGACCUUGAACACUUCAGGAAUGGGGCAUCCACAUUCUCUGGGCAGCCUGUGCCAGUGCCUCACCACCCUCUGAAUAAAGAAUUUAUUUUUAAUAUUUAACCUAAAUCCGCCUUCUUUCAUCUUAAAGCCAUUCCCCUUUGUCCUACCACUGCAUGCCCUUAUGAAAAUAGUUAAUGCUGGAUGUCCUGAUCCAAGGCAGGCCUGGUGACGCUUGCAGUACUCUUUACUGGAGGGGAAGCCUGCCUUGUGUUUUUUCUAUGCUGUGAAUGAGGCAGAAUGUGAGGAUAACUGUCAUAAAUGAGCAAUAAAAUAAUUCCCACACUACUAAAAAUGAAAGUAGAAUCAUAAGCGUUAACCAUCUUCCUGUAAGUCUAUAAAACAGCAGCUUGUUCCCAAGAGCAAUGAAAAGAAGAGCUGGACAAGGUACAUUUUAAGGGCAAGAUAAUGUUUUACUGACACUGACAGAGAAACAGAGUGAUCUUGAAAACUUAAGCUAGUUAGUUCAAGUCAGUCCUUGGCAAAACAGGGAGCUGGCUGACAGGAAGCACAGUCAACAUCAGAUUGGAGAGUCUGAAGCUGGAGCUGGUCAGCACAGUUUUACAGGAGUUUUCAGUGUUUUGGGGAAUGUAGGUGGAUAGAGAUUAUCGUAUCCUGGUGUCUGCCUCUUGGUCUGCAGGUGGUUUUACCACUGAAUAUUAAGUUGUGGUGUGGGGCUUUCCAGAAGAUAGUGCCAGCCCUCAGAGAGCAGUAAAGAUGGUUUGAAAUCCAGAGGGAAGAAAUUAGAGAAGACACAAAAUUAUAUAUCUGGUUUAGGAUGUGCAUAAUUAGUUUGAGAGUACUCGCAUGGUAAAAAAAAAUUAUCCUAAAGAAAAGGAAAGCACAGAUGCAGUGGUUAAGACUCACACUUAAGUACCUCUACUUUGAGCUAAGUAUUAAAGUGCAAAACAAAAAGGGAGGAGCAAAGCCUUGGUUUUUCAGUAGCUUGUUUUUUAAGCCAGUUUCCUAUCAAGAAAAUGAAAGUUUGCAGUGUGCCCUGUGAUGACUGAAGCCAUGUCACACAAGUAAGGCAAAGUACAGGGUUAGAUUUCCUGGAGUACAUUACAGCUGUUUGUCCAGGUAUCAAUUAGGAGCUGUAGAGGAAGGGUUCAAUUAGAAGAAAAGCACAUGAGGCUUUUCCGGCGUGGAGGAGCUCGGUACGUGUCAUUUGUGUAACCUCUUUUCUGGUCAUGGAUGUUUAUGAGGAGUCCUGUAAGAUGCUCUUGGCGCUUUUCUUUGAUCUGUCUGCAGGAAAAUGAAGUCCAUAUGGCCUCCACCCAGAUCCUGGCUGGAAAUAUCUGUCUGUGCUGGGGUCAUUUUUUUGUUGUCAUACAUAUGUACAAAGGUCCAUUCAACUAUGAGAAUGACAUUCAAAAUAGGGAAAACAUGGUAAUGAUAUGUAGGGAGGAGCAUUUCAGUACUCCUGUAAUGUUCAGCAGCCUAAAGCGUAUCAUAAAGUGUCUGAAGUCCUUCCUAAGGAUCUACUUUUGUGCUCUUUUUCCUAUUUUUGCCAUACUUCCUGCUUUUCCCUACAACACAGUUUAAUUAACCCAGUAUUCAAGAAAGCUUUGUGGACAACAGGGACAGCGUAAGUGCAGUGGGUGUCUUUAAAGUGCUGGGCAUAAAACUACACUGACCAUGUAUGAAGUCUUUUAUUAGAACUUGUUGUUAGGAGGGUGUUUGAUUGUUAGGGGUUUUUUUUGGUUCUUCUAUUUUGGGUUUUGUUAAUUUUUUUAAUUUAAACUAAAAUAGUGAAAAGUCACCUUCUUUACCUCUUAUAAGGCACAGCAAGCAGUGUACAGGCAAUAUUGCUGUGGUUAAUCUUGAAUACUACACUUAAGGUAGGUUGCCUGGUGUUCCCAGAGGGUGAGGCAUGACAAGUUUCAGUAUUCUCAAAAUGGAUCUGGCCCUGCAGAUACUCAGACACCUCACCCUUCACUGGAAUUGUGUGCUGAGACAUCUUUGUGCCCAGUUCACAACUGCCAGGGCCUGGUCCCCGGUGCUCUGUUAAUGUUUUGCUGAAGAAGUUCAGCCCAUUGACAUGUCUGCUGUUAACAAGGUGACUGAAUUUCAUUCUCUUCACCACAAGUACUCCAGCAGCUACAGUGAAAAUGGACUCCUCUUGCCCCAACCACUGUCUCCGUUCUUUGAACUAUGCUUGCAGGUGGCUGGCAGGCAGCAAAAGACAGAUCCACCACCUUGCUGGCUCUCCAGGUGCAGUGUUUACUUUAGAUUUCUAACAGCAGAACCCUGUAGUAGCAUGAAUUUUGCUGGGAAAUGGGGAAGAUGUUCAUGUGUUGGCACAGCUGCUCACUGGUCCACACUAGGAAUUGCAAGAAGGCUUUGGAGGAUGUUUCACUGCAGCACCGAGCUACUAGGGUUGGGUUUGCAAUCUGCUGGACUGGGCAGUAUUUAAGGGAAAAAUAAUAAUUAUUUUAAUUAUAUAUUUUUUUUUAAAGGGCAGCAGCAUUGCUAGUCUUAGAGCUGAGGUUUGUUAGCUUAACCUUAAAGUUAACAAACAUGUGCAAAGGUGAGAACCCCACCAGUGAGUGAUUCAGUUGAUGCUGAUCCAGUGCCUUGAUAUCUACUUUCUUUUGGAGAAAAUCCUUGGGAGCAGGGCUUCAAGCCAGCUGAAUGAGUUGGUGGCUCUUCUUGACUAAUGCAGCAGCUUCUGGAUGUAGACAAGAGGUGUGGGCAUUAUUUCCAUCCCUAUGGAUUGAGCAUGCUGUAACAUUUGUAAAAGAGAGCUUUUUUUUCUCUUGCAUUUUCACACAGUGUUUGUCCCCACCCGCUCCUGACCGUGGGCAGAGCAGCAGCUUUGCAGAGAUUACCCAGGUGGUGGUUCAUCCCAGCCCCAUCAGCUGAGACCUGCCCCACAGGAGCUGUGAGAUUGUGGUACCUGUACAGUGUGAUGGCUUUUCCAUGUAAUUCGUCAUUCUGGCACUGUUCGUUGAUGUUGCUCAUCUGUAAGAACCUUCUGAUGGUCCCAAGUUGCUCCAUGUGUUGACCCUUGAGUUUUUAGGAGGACCAGGGGCAAGAUGGCAUGCGGGCCAGUAGGAAGGCAAGAAAACAGGAAAGCUUGGGGAGAUGUAACUGCUCAAGAUGUUGUUUCAAAAACAUGAUUACAACACAGCUUAUUCAAGGAUAGUUUUGUCUUACACAGGGAGGCUAAUUUCAUCUUCCCCCAUCCCUUGGGAGAAGAGCUUUAGAAACUGGACUUGCAGCAAAAAGUGCCAGGCAGCUUUCUUGAAUUUUUCUGGCUGAUGUUGCUUUGGACUUGUGUGCUGAGUUCUUGCUGGAGACAGAUGAGGAUUGAGCUGAUGGGUGCCGCAUUAAGCAUUUGAAGGUAAAAGCAGUGUUGCUGUAGAGCUUGAAGAGGAAUGUGAGUUGGGAGAUCCUGGCACAUCUGGAUAGGAUGCAAUGUGGACUGGGGAUGUGCAAUUAAAAUCUAAAAAAACCCCAACCUAUUAUUUUUAAUUACUUGCAUAGCAUGAUACUCUGACUAAUGAGUUAACCUAUUGGUUGCAAAUGCACUUCUACUAACACAGACUAUUCUCUGGCCAUUAAACUAAAAGAUAUUUUUGUGUUGUAUAUUGAAAUUCAGUAAAUGCAGCUGUCUGUUAAUACCACUGUAACAAACUUGGCAUGCUGCUUGUUGUCUUCAUCAUGAUUUUGGACUGUAGCUUGAUUCCAUUGUCAUGACAAAAUCCAGCCAAGCUGCAAAUAGGUGCCUGCAGCUGCACCUGCACACGUGUUUGCUCAGUGCUGGAGAGAAGCAGGGAACAAAUGUCAGAAUGUCAUAGAAUCAAAAUGGUUUGGAUGGGAAGGGACCUUUAAAGGCCAUCUAGUCCAACCCCCUCCACCCCCAGCAUCCUCCGUGUGGCCUGGUGUCUGCUCACUGAAGAUGGGCUCAAACCACGUUGGUCCUUAGCUCAACGUUUCCGUGGUCCACACAUAAAGUUUUCAGGAGUACCUGUGAUUUUAGGUUGUCAGUUUCUGUAAAGUGGGGAUGCAGCUUUCCUCUGAAGGAUGAUUGCAGGCAGCAUCACCUCGGUCACCAUUCUCCACCUUGGGGAAAAAGGGAUUUUUGUCCCAAAUCAGGGCUAAAACCAUUUGGAUUUAAGGCAGACAGAAGCAGCUGGAAACACUUACUUAGCUUUCUUCUCCCCUUCUGCCUAAUCAUCAACACAGAUUAGUUCAGGGGCAGGUAUUUUUAGAAGCUACUUUCAGAGCCAUAGUGUCACAAUUUUUAUUAUUCUUAUCAGUGCUGAGGCAUUUCUUGAGCAACAUUUCUGCUUUAAUGAGAGGGUGUUAGGGAUCAUCAUAGAACUUGUGGGGGCAUACACAACACCCUGGCUGAGCGAGAGGUCCCAGCAGUUGUGAAGGUUCCUGAGCAGCAAAGGUAGAGAUGCAGUGUCCAAAACAAAGCUUGUGUGCUGGGAUGCUGCACUUGGCACUAAAGUUAUGUGGGCUGCCAGCAGAGAUGGGGUAUAUGAGGAUCUGUAGCUGAUACUUAACAACUCAUUGCCCACUGGAAGUAUUUAAAACCCCAUUAAAAGUUGUGAUGGAGGCAGACAUAUUGGAAGGCUGAGUGCUUCCUCCAAGCCUUCUGAGUUGUUUGGACCCUUGGUCCCAGCGCUGUGUUGGCAGCUUUUGGGAAUAAAGUGCUGACAGGCUGCCAGAGGAAAUGACACCUGCAUUCAACUUUGGACCUGUUUGCAGCCCUGUGUGCAUGGGUGCUGUGCUGGGCAGCCUCUCAGCAGCACGUUUGCCCUGUCAGCUGUUGCUAAACAUCCCCAUCAUGACUUUAUGGUAGUUGUAUCGUAAUUAUUUUAUUUUUUUUCCAGCCUAUAACCGGGGUGGGGAAACAAGGAUCUUUGGUCGAUGUUCUCUUCCGAGCCGGGAGGAUAUUGCGAAUGAGUAAUGGCCCGGCUGGGGCUGUAAUGUGCAGAAUACCUCGGGGAUGACUCACCCCGCACAAUGCAGCACAUCCCUCUAGGAGACUGAAUCACGACUGGGGGGAAGCCGCCUGCCCGCCCGGCAGCAGCCAGCUGGGACACGGGGUAACCAGAGCAGACAGGGAGGCUGGUGGUGGCAAUGGUGCUGAAACGGAGCAAUAAAGGUUUAAAAUGCAGAGGAAAUGGCAUCCCCCAGCAGUGACAGCUAUAUUGUGCGAGUCAAAGCUGUGGUUAUGACCCGAGAUGACUCCAGUGGGGGAUGGUUGCCGCAAGAAGGAGGCGGUCUCAGUAGAGUUGGCGUCUGCAAGGUCACGUACCCGGAGGGCAAUGGAAGAAGUGGAUUUCUAAUCCAUGGUGAAAGGCAGAAAGACAAACUGGUGGUGCUGGAGUGCUUUGUGAAGAAGGACCUGGUGUACACGAAGGCAAACCCCACCUUCCACCACUGGAAAGUUGACAACAGAAAGUUUGGGCUCACUUUUCAAAGCCCCGCUGACGCUCGAGCCUUUGACAGAGGAGUGAGGAAAGCCAUCGAGGACCUCAUUGAAGGAUCUACAACUUCCUCGUCCACCCUUCACAACGAGGCCGAGGUCGGCGAUGAUGAUGUCUUCACUAAUGCUACAGAUAGUUCCUCCAACUCCUCUCAGAAAAGGGAACAGCCUGUGCGAACUCUGGCUUCUCCUGCAUCCUGUGAACAUCGAAGAAUUUGCACUCGUGGACACCUCCAUGACCCUUACAGCUCUGACCACUACCAUCUAGAACAAUCAGUACCACGAUCCUACCGGCAUGUCAACUUUCCAGAUGAUGAUGAGGAGAUAGUGCGCAUCAAUCCUCGGGAGAAGAUUUGGAUGACUGGAUAUGAGGAUUAUCGCCAUGCCCCAGCACGAGGAAAGAACUUUGAUCCUGAUGACAUGGACUCCUACGUACGCUUUGCCAAAAGCGAGGCCUCGAAACAUGAAUACACUUAUCCUUACGUAGACAACUCGGACUUUGACCUGGGUGAAGAUACCAAGGGUGCUGUGAUAAAGACUCAACCUGUAAAAUUCAAGCCCAGGCGGAAGGAAGAUGGUGAGAGGUCACGGUGCGUGUACUGCAGGGACAUGUUCAACCACGAGGAGAACAAGCGAGGUCAAUGCCAGGAUGCUCCAGACCGCGUCAAGACUUGCAUCCAUCGAGUGAGCUGUAUGUGGUGCGCAGACACUAUGCUCUAUCACUGUAUGUCCGACCCAGAAGGAGACUAUACAGAUCCUUGCUCGUGCGACACCAGUGAUGAAAUGUUUUGCCUCCGGUGGAUGGCCCUUAUCGCCUUGUCUUUCAUUGCUCCAUGUAUGUGCUGUUACUUGCCGCUUCGGGCUUGUUACCACUGUGGGGUCAUGUGCAGGUGCUGUGGUGGAAAACACAAAGCUGCUGGAUGACUACAGAUGCAUUCAAAGUGUUAGGUUUUUCCUGUAGUUCAAGGAACACGUUGGUUUUGGAGCACUGAGGUCACUCACUUAAUGCAGCCACUGUGCCCGACAGCAUCCAGAAACCACCAGUUUGGAUCACUUUACAUUGGGUCGUCUGGGGCUCACACUGCAUUGAUUUGCUCAUCAACUGUUCUAACUAACUAACCUACAGCAUAGACUUUUGUAUUAUUAAUCUGUAAUCAAAACAGACUGUCUUGUACAUGUUUAAUUUUUUUUUUUCAUUUAUAAUGAGUUUGAGAGAAGAACUGCUUUAAAUGGUGGUGGAUUGUAGAACAUCUCCAGGUUGUGUCUGUCUUGCCUCCGCUUGUGUGGUACCCAACAGCGUGUUAGCAAGCUUUGGCAUUUCUAGAAAUGGGACGGUGUAGUGAACAAGAUCUCACUUGGAAGAUAUUUUAACUUACCGUCAAGCUAUUGUGUGUGUAUAGAAGGUGUGCUAGUAACAAACUUGUACCACAACACAGUAUUUCUGUCACUGGUUUUCUUUGGGUUUUUUUGUUCUGUUUUCCAAAGCAAAAAUAGCCAUCUAAGCUGCAGUUUCUCUUCUAGGGUCCAUUGUCAUUUCCUUCAGCAAACAUCUUCGAUUAUUUCUCUGUUCCUAAAGCUCUGUGAACAGAAAGUAAGGCUCAGUUACCAUUGUCACAUAGCCAUUGAGAAUCUGAUAGUCCUCCUUACCUGUAAUCAUUUCAGACCACUACUUGAAAGGGAAACAUAAAUUUUAGGCUUUUCUCUUUUCCCUAAAUAACAUUGGAAAAAUGUGUUUUCAGAGCUCUGCCCAAAAAGAAAGGGAACUUCUUCAUUAGACAGCAACGUAGAGAUCUGUGAAUAAAACACUAAGGUUCCAGACGAGGAAAAUUGUUGAUAUGCAAAGAAUUACUAACAAUGCAAUGUCAAAAGCACUAUUAUGGCAAUUCUGGGGAAAUGCUGCAUUAAGUGGUGGAUUAUAUGGAAAAUCGUGUGUGUUUGUUUUCUGUAUACAUGAGCAUGAGAACAUUCGCGUCCACUGUAGUAACAACAUUUAGCAAUCCAAGCAGGUAUUGAAAAAUCCGAAGCCAGGAUGUUAACUACUACAUCCAGUCUGACCUGUGGUCCCAAUCUGCCAGAUACUUCCACACGUCUCAGCACGUUGCUGUGAGCCUGUGUGUGGGAUGAAGCAUGUGAGUCCUUGCAGGAGCCAGACUGAGGCAUCUGCCUGGCUUUCCCCCUCCCCAGUUCACCACCCAGGUUUAUCAAGUGGAUGCAUAAGGUGCAUACAGCAGGAUAAUAUUACUUUAAUUUUUUUAUUAUUUUUUUAAAUGUCAUGUUGUCUUGUGUACAAGGCUUGUAAUUAGCUUGGAAAAAGAGUAUUUUUCUAAUAUAUUACAAGGAAUAGCCAAAUAAUUUUUAUUAAAAAAGAAAAAAAAAGAUUUAGCGCAGUGAGCUCUAACUAGCAUAGUACAAUCCGAAUACUUUGAGGCAGCUAGGGAUUGGCUUGUCAAAGCUGGCACUGCUGUUCCUGCCAUAAUUUCUUUCUGCAGUAAAUUGCCAGUGGGCGCAUGUCCUUUCCCUCCCUCUAUUGCACAUUGACAUCAGUCUUAAAAGAGAGGAUUUUUUUUUAAGAAUUAAUUUGCCAAAUAAAUGUAAAAGGAACGCUUGCCAUUCUUUCUUGGUGGAAUGUCCCAACAGUUCCUCUGAGAGUUAAUCACAGCUUUUUAGUCAACCGUGAAUUAAGUAUGCAAUGUGCUUAUUAUACACUAUAGAGUUGGGUAGGUUUAAUUCAUAGCAGUUACUGGGGAUUUUUUCGGUUGGAGAAAAAAAAUUGAAUGAUAGUGGAAAAGGGAUGGAGUGUUACACUCUGGGUGAUAUGUCUGGGUUUGCUGAAUGAAAUAUAAAUAUUUUGUGCCUAAUAGCAGUUGACAAAUCUCUCAAUGGUGUCUAGCAACAUCAAGCCAGCCUCGUAAAAAAAUAAUUAAUGAAACAACCUUUUUCCUUUUAUUUCUGUUCUCAAAAGUUGUUUCAUGUAAACAAACAUCUGUAAGAUCUUCUCUCUAUAAAGCACAACACUACAAAAAGAUCUUACAGUUUUUUGUCCGGUCUUGAAGUGCCCCUAUUUAUUUAAGUAAAGUAGACAUACUCCAAGCCUUUCUGUAUGUCUGAAAAUAAAAGUUAUUAAAAAAAAAAAUCCCUCUUUUUUUUAUUUUCUUUCCCUCCUCCCUUCUCCCUCUUCUCUUGGGUUUUUGUAAUACUUGUAGAUUUUGCUGCGUACAUUAUUUGGUUCAUGAUGGCAGUGGUGUAAGGGCACAAGGAUAGAAAUGGGUGGUUUUUUGUAAAUAUUUCUCCUUAAUUUCCACACUGCUGCUGAACAGUGUGUAGCAUUCUCCCAGUCAGCUUUGCAAUACUGACAUCAAUCAUUUGAGAGAAAUUAUUCAGAUUUUAUUUUUGUAUCUGUGGUAACAAAAACAUUAACCAAUUUUUUUUUUUCCUGUUGUGGAAGGGUUUUGGGUUUUUGUUAGUUUGUUUUUUUUUCCAAGCUAUUGCUCACGUUAACAAAUUAAAGUGCCUGAAGCCUCAUCAUUAUGUAUCUAUAUACUAAAAGUUAAAACCCUGUUGUAUUGAUUUUUAUAAGCCUUUUUACCUCUGUGUAAAAAAAAAUAUAUAUACAAGUGUAUGAUGUACAUUUUAGUUCUUAACUUCUUUUUUUAUUGUUUCUAAUAUGUAUGAUCAGUGUAGCUAUUGCUUUAAAAUGUACCGUGUAAAUACAAAUACAUCAUAUCAAAAUGA